UCAACGAGUCAACAAAAUGUAAAUAAACAGUUCCCCUUCCCUUUUUCUGACGUCAUGUGGUAUCAACAUCAACAAGCGUAGCCUUGAUUUAACUGUUUUAACGACUGGGAAUGGUUUGUUUACAUAAUUUUUGGUCAUGUUCUAACUCCGAAAAUUGACUUUAUUUUGUCACUAGUAAAAUGCAUAGUAUAUAAAAAAGAUUUGUGCGGACGUUAUCAAUCAAAAAUUGCUUUUUUCGCAAUUAUUCGUCAACUUUUACAUGGAACUACUUUUUGUUGGCGUAUGUUUUUAUGAAAGCACCCAAACAAGCAGUAAUUGAUGAGGUUGAUAUACUGUUUCAUCGGCCCACGUUUGCGUUACGUAUUUUUUAUUAUUUGUUCGAGACGAAAACAGUGUAGUGAAUUCAGUCACAUUAUUGAUUAUUGAGCUGCUUUUUCAAAUAGUGUUUACAAAGCGAUAAAAGUGUAUAAUUGGUACAAAUAACGAGUUACAAAAAUGCCGUCAGCCGAAAUGUGUAACAUGACGUCUAAUGCAAGUUCCAAAUUCAGUAUUUCUUCGAAGGAGAUAGAAGGUUUAGUUUUAGAAAUAAAAGAAAAUCUAAGAUUAUCAGCAGCAUCUGCUACAAUACAAUAUAAAGCUAUCCCUCGUAGUCGUAGUAUUUCCAAAAGAUCAUCAAGAGCCUCUCCAUAUAGUAGACCUCCAAAAUGCUGUGAUAAACGAUGUUGUGAUACAAACUGUGUUGGUAAACAUAAAACUCAAGAAGUUGGGAGUGAGGAUCCGUAUGAACUUUUACAAAAAUUUCUUAGAGACGGGAGUUUAGUUAGUGAGGCUGUGAAAAGAAUACAAUUAGGACUUACCACUAAACAGUUUUAUUAUGAUUCUGAUGACGAGUGCAGAACACCAGUUUUCCGAUUUAUACAUCAGGAUAAUUAGGACAUCAAGUAAAUAUAUUAAAUUUAAUAAUUUAGGAAAAAUAAAUACGUAAUACAUUGCAUCAGCAAACGAAAUGAAAUUUUCUAAUCUUAAUUUGGACCUGUUUGUUUAUAUUGUAUACCUACUAUUUUAUUAAAUAUUCGGAACAACAAGAGGUACUAUACCCGCAGUAUAAACUAGUAUCUGCAUUUAUAAGUCAAAGAUUUUGAAAAUUAUUCAUAGAUAUUUCAAAACUACGUUGAAUUGAAUGUUACUAAUACGCCUUAUUACAUAUUUAUAGAUAUAUUUCAUUUUGGUUUUGAACAUGUCUAAAUUUUAGAUUAUUUCUCUUAUAUUUUCACUUACAAUUUUAUCAAAUACAAGAAAAUACAUUUUGUAUUUUGAUGACUCAUAUUAGGAUCUAUCGUUCUAUACCAGUAUUGUUUGAUAAAUGUCAGAUUAAAAUAAAGAUUAUUAGUUAGGUAUUGGUGAAUGACAGAGAAUGCUACAAAGUAAUAAUAGUAGAGAGAGUAACAUGUGACUCAUUUCUCAAUUGAAUAGGUUUAGCACAUAACAUAUUUUUUUAAUGCCAUCAAUUCAAAGUAACUAUAAAAUAUUUUCAAAUUAAUAACAGUAGAUACCAGGUCACAGACAUUUAUAGGUCAUAUAAUCUCAUUAUAUUAUAAUUCAGUUGUUUACCUACCUAAGGCAAGGUCAAAUUGUAAAAGCUAAAUCCGUUCUUCACGUGGAUGCUGGUUUCAUUUAUUAGAGAAAAUAAAUAUACCAAGACUAUGUCUAUGCUUAUAGUUUCAAUGAGGCCAACUAGAAUAUGCUUUAAUCUUCCAUCAAAUAUUUUCUUGGAUAUAUACAUAUUUCUAAACCAAUGAGGUUAUGUUAGUAACACAUACAUUAUAUUUUAUAAAAAUAAA